AUGGCUUCUGAAUCCAGGGAUACACACGCGGCUCAGACUGUCAAUGCAUCGGCAAACCAGAACGGAACCUCUACGCCAGCCAAGAGACAUGAGGAGCUACAGUACCUCGACCUGGUUCAGGACAUUCUAGACAACGGCGAGCACCGACCAGACAGGACCGGCACGGGCACAUACUCCAUCUUCGCGCCGACGCCCCUCAAGUUCUCGCUCAACGAUGGGCACGGCACGCCGAUCCUGCCGCUGCUGACGACGAAGCGCGUGUUCCUGCGCGCCGUGGUGGCGGAGCUGCUGUGGUUCAUCGAGGGCAGCACCUCGUCGAUAUCGCUGUCGGACGCGGGCGUCAAGAUCUGGGACGGCAACGGGUCGCGCGAGUUCCUUGACUCGGUCGGCCUCGGCCACCGCGCCGUCGGCGACCUGGGACCCGUGUACGGCUUCCAGUGGCGCCACUUCGGCGCCGAGUACCGCGACGCGGCGACCGACUACACGGGCCAGGGCGUCGACCAGCUGGCCGAGGUGGUGCACAAGCUGCGGCACACGCCCUAUGAUCGCCGCAUCAUACUCAGCGCCUGGAAUCCGGCGGACCUUAAGAAGAUGGCGCUGCCGCCUUGUCACAUGUUUGCCCAGUUCUACGUGUCGUACCCGCGGAGUAGCAGCGGCGGCAAAAGGGAUCCUAGUACUGCCACCUCUGCUACUACAACAACGAACGGGGGUAAGAAGGACGAGGACAAGCCGCAGGGCCACCUGCACUGCCAGCUCUACCAGCGGUCCUGCGACAUGGGCCUCGGCGUGCCGUUCAACAUCGCGUCGUACGCACUGCUGACGCACAUGAUCGCGCACGCGUGCGGGCUCGUGCCCGGCAGCCUCACGCACGUCAUGGGCGACGCCCACGUCUACUGCGACCACGUCGACGCGCUGCGCGUGCAGCUCGGGCGCGAGCCGCGCGACUUUCCCACGCUGGAGGUCGCGAGGGGUGAGAAAGGAGACGGUGUUAUCGAUGGCUGGAGGGCGGAGGAUUUUGUGGUGAGCGGGUAUAACCCGCAUAAGAGCAUUCCGAUGAAGAUGUCGGUGUGA